GAAAACCAUAGUUUAUGCCCAGUUGGAUUGGAUGGGCCGGGUCGGGUGGUUCUCCCAACCCCUCAACGAACCAAGCCAGAUCGAAUACAGGGUGCCUGAACGGUUCUGGAAGUACAAGAAUCUUCUGGAAGCUAUCCCUCACUCUAGUCCCUUCCAUCGCUAUAAACCCCCAAUUGCCAAAACCCUCUGCCUGCUGACUUCUGCUCCCCUCCUUAUCCAGCGCUCUUGUGCACGCUUCUCUGAAGCUUCACCAAACCAGAAAUCCCGAAACCCUAGUUAAGCCAAGAGCUUCAAGGUAUGGCGUCAGCCAAUGCAAUCUCUUCGGCUUCGAUCCUUCUUUCCACCAAACAGGAAAGCUUGAGGAGAAGGGUGAAUCAGCAGCAGUUGGGGCAGAAAUUCAAUUACAGGCAAUCAGGCAGCAGGUUUGUUGUCCGAGCUGCGGCCAAGGAGAUAGCCUUUGACCAGGCCUCGAGGACUGCAAUUCAGUCUGGCAUUGAUAAGCUUGCUGACGCUGUAGGGCUUACUCUUGGUCCUAGAGGGAGGAAUGUUGUAUUGGAUGAAUUUGGGAAUCCAAAAGUAGUAAAUGAUGGGGUAACAAUUGCUCGAGCUAUAGAGCUAGCUGAUGCCAUGGAAAAUGCUGGUGCUGCCCUUAUUAGGGAGGUUGCCAGUAAAACUAAUGACUCUGCUGGUGACGGUACCACCACUGCAUCAGUUAUUGCACGCGAAAUAAUUAAGCUUGGCCUAUUGAAUGUUACCUCUGGUGCGAAUCCUGUCUCAAUAAAGAAAGGGAUUGACAAAACUGUGCAGGGAUUGGUGGAAGAGUUAGAGAAGAAAGCUAGGCCUAUCAAAGGUCGUGAUGAUAUAAAAGCUGUUGCUACUAUUUCUGCUGGAAACGAUGAGUUUAUUGGGAAAAUGAUUGCUGAUGCAAUUGAUAAGGUUGGACCUGAUGGCGUUUUAUCCAUUGAAUCAUCCUCCUCUUUUGAGACAACAGUUGAUGUUGAAGAAGGAAUGGAGAUUGAUAGAGGUUAUAUCUCUCCACAAUUUGUUACCAACCCUGAGAAAUCUAUUGCUGAAUUCGAGAAUGCUAGAGUUUUGGUUACGGAUCAGAAGAUAUCAGCAAUCAAGGAUAUUAUACCCUUGUUAGAAAAGACCACUCAAUUGAGAGCACCUUUGCUUAUAGUUGCUGAGGAUGUAACUGGGGAGGCAUUGGCUACUCUUGUUGUAAACAAGCUGCGUGGCAUCCUUAAUGUUGCAGCCAUAAAAGCACCUGGUUUUGGUGAGAGAAGAAAGGCUCUUCUUCAAGAUAUCGCUAUUGUGACAGGAGCGGAGUUCCAAGCUGGUGAUCUGGGAUUGCUUGUUGAGAAUACCACGGUUGAACAGCUUGGUUUGGCAAGAAAGAUUACUAUCAGCAAGGACUCCACCACCAUUAUUGCUGAUGCAGCAUCAAAAGAUGAAAUACAGGCAAGGAUUGCACAGAUUAAAAGGGAGUUAGCUGAGACUGACUCUGUAUAUGACUUGGAGAAAUUGGCUGAGAGAGUUGCCAAAUUAUCUGGUGGGGUUGCUGUUAUAAAAGUUGGGGCUGCUACAGAGACCGAACUCGAGGAUCGUAAGCUACGCAUUGAGGAUGCCAAGAAUGCCACUUUUGCUGCAAUAGAGGAAGGGAUUGUGCCUGGUGGUGGUGCUGCUUUUGUUCAUCUCUCAACCCAUGUCCCCGCAAUUAAAAAUAAACUUGAUGAUGCAGAUGAGCGGUUAGGUGCUGAUAUUGUACAGAAGGCGCUGGUAUCACCGGCAGCUUUGAUAGCCCAGAAUGCAGGGGUUGAAGGUGAGGUGGUUGUGGAGAAGAUAAAGGCUGGUGAAUGGGAGGUUGGGUACAACGCGAUGACAAACAUAUAUGAGAACCUGAUGGCAGCCGGAGUCAUCGACCCAGCCAAGGUGGCAAGAUGUGCAUUACAGAAUGCUGCGUCGGUUGCAGGGAUGGUCCUGACAACGCAGGCCAUUGUGGUGGAGAAGCCUAAACCAAAGACAUCUGCAGGUGCUCCCACACAAGGCCUUGUGGUGUGAUCAUUCUAAUAUAUUAGCUCUGGUUAGGAUCUCAGAGAUGGUAAGAGUUGUCCUGUUGCGGUGAACUUAUGGUAAGAGCUGGGUUCAAUUGGCCCAGCCAUCACGAACGUGAGCAGUGUAUUUUUUUUGUAAUGAUCUAUAGACCACCUUGGAAUGUUGUUGGUUCUGAUGUGGAUUGAUUAAUCUUUUAUCAAUGGAAGCAGGAGCGUAUUGUCUGUGA